AUGAGCCUCGCCUCCCAGAUUCGGACGAUCCAUAACGUGGACCGACACCACAAACACCUCAAAUGGACCAAGAAGCAGGCCCCGGUCCUGACCGUGUCGUCCGGAGAUGUCGUCACUUUUGACGCCCUCGACAGCAGCAACGGCCAGAUCACAGUUAACUCAGAUGCCUCUGCCCUGGACUCGUUCAAGCUCGAACUGGCCGACCCGGCAUUCGGCCCCGUCUACGUGCGCGACGCGGAACCCGGCGAUGCGCUCAAGAUCGACGUUGUGUCGUUGGACAUAGGGGACUGGGGAUGGACUGCAGUUGCGCCGGGCUUUGGUCUGCUGGCGGACGAAUUCACCGAUGCCGAUCUCAAGAUCUGGAAUCUCAGUGCUACGCCCGGAUACGCCGAGCUGAAGCCAGGCGUCCGGGUUCCCCUGCGGCCGUUCUUGGGGAUCAUGGGCAUUGCACCCGCUGCCGACGGCGAGUUCUCGACUAUUCCGCCAACCGACGUGGGAGGAAACAUUGACUGUCGUGAUCUUGUCGUGGGCUCUACGCUCUACCUCCCGGUCCAGGUCCCCGGUGCCCUGUUCAGCUGCGGAGACGGCCAUGCGGCUCAAGGACAAGGCGAAGUAUGCGGAACCGCCAUUGAAACACCCAUGAAGGCCACCGUUCGAUUGACAGUGUGCAAAAACCAUCCCUGGGUGCAAUCCCCGCACCUCCUUUUACCGCCUCAGGCGCCAUCGACUUUUCCUGUCGAGGACAAAGGGCAAUAUGCUACAAUGGGGCUGGACUCUGAUUUACUCGAGGCGACUCGCAAGGCCACCCGGUAUAUGAUCGACUGGCUCGUAUCUACCAAGGGGCUAACCCGGUACGAGGCCUACAUUCUUACCAGCGUUGCAGGCGACCUCAAGUUGGCCGAAGUCGUCGACAUGCCAAAUUUUGCCGUUACUAUGAACAUCCCGCUCAACAUUUUUAGCUCUUGA